AUGAGUGAAAAGUACACCUCGAAACUGUCCCCAGCCGUUGAUUAUGCGGCAGGCAUUUACCUGGUGAUUAUAGCCGUGCUGUCCAUCCUGGGGAACGCGGCCGUUCUCAUCACUGCUGCACAGAGGAAGAGGCUCCUCAAAGCCCCCGAGCUGCUCAACGUCAACUUGGCCGUGACGGACAUCGGCAUGGCCCUGAGCAUGUACCCGCUCUCCAUCUCCUCCGCCUUCAACCACGCCUGGAUCGGCGGCGACCCCACCUGCCUCUACUACGGCCUGAUGGGAAUGAUUUUCAGCGUGGCUAGUAUCAUGACUCUUGCCGUCAUGGGACUCGUUAGAUACCUGGUGGCAGGUGCCACCCCAAAGUCAGGUAACAAGUUCCAGCGCAGCACCAUCGGCAUGUACAUCGCCCUCAUCUGGCUCUACGCCUUGAUGUGGGCGGUCUGCCCCCUGCUGGGCUGGGGUGGCUACGGCCCCGAGCCGUACGGCAUGGCCUGCUCGGUGGACUGGGCCAGCUACCAGAACUCGCUCAACGACUCCACCUUCAUCAUGGCCCUGGCCGUGCUGUGCACCAUCCUGCCGUGCCUGGUCAUCGUGUCGUCGUACUCGGGCAUCGCCUGGAAGCUGCACAAGGCCUACCAGACCAUCCAGAACAGCGACCACCUGCCCAACUACGGCAGCGUGGAGCGAAAAGUCAUGCUGAUGGCUGUCUUGAUCAGCUCUGGCUUCUUGGUGGCAUGGACGCCCUACGUGGCCAUCAGUCUUUGGACCAUGUUCCACGCCGCGGGCAAGGACAGCGUGACUCCGCUCGUCAGCCUGCUGCCGUGCCUGUUCGCCAAGGGCUCCACCGCCUACAACCCGCUCAUCUACUACGUCUUCCGCAAGUCCUUCCGCCGCGAGCUGCGCGACCUCUGCGAGCUGUGCUGCUGCUGCCCGUACUGCCGCGUCUGCUGCCGCUGCCUGCGGACCGACUUGACCCCUGACGAGGACGACGAGGACGACGGCUACGACGCGGCCGGCAACGUCCGGUGGCGGAGCUCGGCGGCGUCGCGCAAGAGCGGCCACCGGGACAACCGCAGCGCCACGCCGCUGGUGUCGCACUCCACGGCGCCCCCCGGGAUCCUCAACCAGGAGCAGAUGAGUUCCUGCUGA